UGCCGGUUUUGGGGUGUCUCCUCCCGGGGCGCCAUGGCGGCACUGGCCAGCAGCCUGAUCCGGCAGAAGCGGGAGGUCCACGAGCCCGGGGGCAGCCGGCCCGUGUCGGCGCAGCGGCGCGCGUGUCCCCGCGGCACCAAGUCCCUUUGCCAGAAGCAGCUCCUCAUCCUGCUGUCCAAGGUGCGACUGUGCGGGGGGCGGCCCGCGCGGCCGGACCGCUGCCCGGAGCCUCAGCUCAAAGGCAUCGUCACCAAACUGUUCUGCCGCCAGGGUUUCUACCUCCAGGCGAAUCCCGAUGGGAGCAUCCAGGGCACCCCAGAGGACACCAGCUCUUUCACCCACUUCAACCUGAUCCCUGUGGGGCUCCGUGUAGUCACCAUCCAGAGUGCCAAGCUGGGUCACUACAUGGCCAUGAACGCUGAGGGGCUGCUCUACAGCUCGCCACAUUUCACAGCUGAGUGUCGCUUUAAGGAGUGCGUCUUUGAGAAUUACUAUGUCCUGUACGCCUCUGCUCUCUAUCGCCAGCGUCGUUCUGGCCGGGCCUGGUACCUGGGCCUGGACAAGGAGGGCCGAGUCAUGAAGGGAAAUCGAGUCAAGAAGACCAAGGCAGCCGCCCACUUUGUGCCCAAGCUCCUGGAGGUGGCUGUGUACCGGGAGCCUUCUCUCCACAGUGUCCCUGAGACCUCCCCUUCCAGUCCCCCUGCCCCCUGCCAUGUAGUCCCCGGACUGGAGGCUCCCUGCACUCGCCACCACCACAGCCUGUCUCCCAGCCCUGCUUCUGUCACCCCUGCUGCCACACUCAUGCCCUGAGCAGCCAGGUCCCACCAGGUGCUCUACCCUGAGGGAGCCUAGGGGCCAGCCAUGACCUCCGGGGCUGCUGAGACCCUUAGAUCCUUGGGCCCGGGAAAGGGGUCAGAGAGGGGGAUGUCUGAAAAUGGUCCUGGCUGAUCACUUCUUUCCUUCCACACUCACACCCUCCAAAGCCUUUUCCUGAGAUGGCGCGGGGGGUUCCAAAGCUGACAAAACCAGGGCAUAAAUCUUCCCCACACCGGGCUCAGCCAGUUCCUGGAGCCCUUUGCCCUCUUCAUGGCCACCAAGCCAUAGAUUUAUAGGUCCACUGGAGCUCAGGAUGAGUUUCCUUCUUUCACUGCUCCACCUUUUGCCUUGUUCCAGACAGGUUCUGGAACACCAGGCACCCCAGCCAGGGCCAUUUCUGCACUCAGGGUCUGUGCUGGAACACAGACAUGCUGCCAGGCUCUGUUCUGGAUCCAUCAGGCUUCUGUCCUUCACCCAGAUGGACCCCUGGUUUCCAACUAGAGAGAGGCUGGAUUUGGGCUCUGUCCAGCUGUUGGUCUCGGCCUGAAUUGGGCCAGUCUCAGAUCACCACAGGUUUAACUUUCUUACCCCAGAGACACCCAAUUCUAGAGCGUGGUGUUCUAGACACAUACGGAGCCAUACUUCCUUCUAAAUCUCAGCUCUAGGACACAGACCACGACUCUCAGCCCUUCCCUCUAGGAUGGAACUAGAGCCUAUAUAGGCAUGUUAUUGCUCUAGAGUAAGAGUUCUAGACCCACGCUCCCACUUUCUCUAGUGAUACCUGUUCAGCAGGAGCUCUGGAAAGGACCCAGCUAUGAUUCACAAAGAACUAAGUUCUGGAUGGAUCAAGAACCACUUCUUGUUUUCCCUAGACAAUUUUCCAAAAAUCUUAUUCUUCCUAUAGAAUGCUAACCUUAUUUUUUUACAUGCAGUUUCUAGCUCCUGCAAUUCAGCUGGGGUCCUGCCAGGGAACAGAGGCUGAGGAAGGGCAGAGGAGUUUUGGAAGGAAUCCCUGGCUCAUAGAAGGGCAGCUAGGAUGGGAAAGUGGCCAGAACCAUGGCAUGACUGGACCUGUGCCUGGGUUGGGGGGGACAUGAACACUUAGCUACCUCAGCAGGGAUUCCUUCCAGGUCCCCUUUAAAGCUGAGGUCUUUAGGGUAAUGGGUCUAGAAUAAAAAAGACAAAUGGGACAUAGCUUUGACCCCCCUCAAAUGAGGAGACACCAAUUCAGCAAUAAGUCCCACCCUUCUCCCUUACAGGUCAGGCCAAGGAGGGUGAGGGCCUCUUGGUCUCUAGACCUCAUACACCCCUCCAGCUUCUAACUGAAUAGAACUUGCUUUACCUCAGCUGGGUGUUAGGUACCCAAAAAGGCUCUGCUCCCAGGGGACCAGUCUCCACUCCAUGCUUUCUCAAU